GGGGCCGCGGGCCGCGCUUUCCGGCGCGGCAGCAGCGCCGACCGCUCCUGCGGGACUGCGGGCGGGCGGGAGGCUUCAGUGCGCUUCUCGCCUGGGCCGUGGAGCCCGGGGACGGGCUCGGGCUCACCGGUCCCGGGGAGUGUCCCGGGGAGGUCCCGGUGCCGCGUCCGGCGCUGCCCCCGCGGGGCCGCCCGGGAGCGCCGCGCCCGCCCCGCCCCUUGGGCGGCCCCAUCCGCGGCGCCGGGGGGGGCAUGGGCGGCACCACCGCAGCGCCGGGGGGGGCGGCAGGAGGCAGGCAGGGCUCGGGCGGCGCCGCCGGCAGCGGCCCCAGCGCCGAGAGACCCCGGCAGGUUUUCUUCGCCAGUGGAGUGUGAGAAACAGAGGCUGAGGAAGAUGAGUGAGCUGGAGCAGUUACGGCAGGAGGCAGAGCAGCUGCGAAACCAAAUCAGAGAUGCCAGGAAAGCCUGUAGUGACACAACUCUUGCUCAGAUCACAACAAGUCUGGACUCCGUGGGUCGGAUCCAAAUGCGAACUCGGCGCACGCUCAGAGGUCACUUAGCCAAAAUCUAUGCCAUGCACUGGGGAUCCGACUCCAGGCUACUAGUCAGUGCUUCUCAAGAUGGAAAAUUAAUUAUUUGGGAUAGUUAUACAACAAAUAAGAUGCACGCCAUCCCCCUGAGGUCCUCCUGGGUGAUGACCUGUGCCUACGCUCCCUCGGGCAACUACGUGGCCUGCGGAGGCCUGGACAACAUCUGCUCCAUCUACAACCUGAAAACCAGGGAGGGCAACGUGCGAGUGAGCCGCGAGCUGCCGGGGCACACAGGAUACUUGUCCUGUUGUCGCUUCCUAGAUGACAACCAAAUUGUCACUAGCUCAGGAGACACCACUUGUGCUUUGUGGGAUAUUGAAACUGGCCAGCAGACCACCACGUUCACUGGGCACACUGGGGAUGUGAUGAGCCUCUCUCUGAGCCCAGACAUGAGGACUUUUGUCUCGGGCGCCUGCGAUGCCUCCUCGAAGCUUUGGGAUAUCCGCGACGGGAUGUGCAGGCAGUCCUUCACAGGGCACGUGUCAGACAUUAAUGCAGUUUGUUUUUUCCCCAACGGGCACGCGUUCGCCACGGGCUCUGACGACGCCACGUGCCGGCUGUUCGACCUGCGCGCGGACCAGGAGCUGAUGAUGUACUCCCACGACAACAUCAUCUGCGGCAUCACCUCCGUCGCCUUCUCCAAGAGCGGCCGCCUGCUGCUCGCCGGCUACGACGACUUCAACUGCAACGUCUGGGACACCCUCAAAGGGGAGAGGGCAGGUGUCCUGGCUGGCCAUGACAACCGUGUCAGCUGUUUAGGUGUUACUGAUGACGGCAUGGCUGUAGCUACAGGGUCUUGGGACAGUUUUCUCAGAAUCUGGAAUUAACUGGGAGCCAAACAUGUACAUUCUCCAUUUGAGAUCUGGAGAGAUCAAUGCUGCAGCCUAUAGCUGUGAAAUAACAUUUCUACCUUGUAUUUGCAGGUGAAGUUUUUCUAUUCACUGAUUAUUACACAAAAAGGCUUUCUGUAAACUAGAAAAAAAAAAAUCAAGUGAAGAAAUAGGGGAGGGGGGAAGAAAUCACUGACUUUUUAAAAGGGGCCAGCACACAUAAUCAUGGUGACCGACAAACUAAGAGCCAGUCUUUUUGUUUUUGGUGGUUUGGUUAGAUUGUCCUUGAAGGGUUUUUGCUUGUGCUCAGUCUGCUAAUCCUGUACUUUUUUUUUGUACAUAACAGAAUAUACACAUUAUAGCAGCCAAUCAUGUAACAUUUGUCUGUAUGUAAAGAAACAUGUUUGCAUUUUUUAUGGAACUACAUUUAUAGCUUUGCUUUUAACCUGAGAUGUCACUUCUGAGUUUUGUAGUGGGUGAACUAGAUUGCUGUUUUAAAUGUUUUUGUGAAUUUACUGUAGAUAAAGUGAAGCCAAUGGUAUGUAUGUGUUUUUUAUAAUGGAAGGCAUUUGAAUUUUUUUUAAAGGCCCUGGAGACUCCCAGUUAAUACCUACAGCCUUAUUCACUCACUUCUUGACCUGCUAGCCUGUUUUUGAUCAGGGGGGUUCUUCCUUCAAGCCAGUGGUUCCCGGUUCAUCCAUGGGCAGUCAUGACCUCCAAACACCAAGGAGUUAAGGCCAGGUACACUUGCACCAACAGCAGAAAUAACUGGAAAAUGAAGUAAAUCCAGAUGUUCUGGCUUCCUCCCUGCAGGUUUCUGCAUCAGUUAUUCCAUGCAGUCGGUGGGUACGGAAGCCAAGUGGCCGAGUGCUGCGGCCAGCUCAGCUCUGACCAGACGUGUGGGUUUGGCUCCUCACAAGCUCCAGCUGAGGUGCACUCACAGUGACUUGGCUGCUGCUCAGAGCCCAGAGCAGUGUGUGCAGAGAUGGCUCGUUCCAUACCAACUGAGAAAUUCAGGAGGACUUUGCUUAAAUUCCUAAAGAGGAUUUAACUGUGCAAGUUACUUGCUUGUAAUUCCCCUCCAGAUUCAGGGGCUGCCAAAGCACACCGCAGCCAGAAGUGCUCGUUAGUUCUGUGUAGUGUGAAUGACCAAAGGAAUUGUUACCUUAACUGCAUCUGUGUGACCCCUGAAAACUUCCAGCAUAACCCUGAGGAUACGUGCUUGUUCUGUGUGCCCACUGCGGGCUGUGCCAUGGGGGUUUCAUGAUGCCAGAUACUCUGCUGCUCCAGCACCGUAAAUGGCCAUUCCUGCUCCUUUCCUGAUUCGAUUCUGAUUUUGCUGUCAGUUUAGAAAUCUCACCAGGUACAGUUCAGUGCAGAGACAGGAAAAUCAUGUGGCUGAUGCCCAUUUGAAACUGCCCAGGGAGGAUGCUUAACUUCUUGGUGCCUGGCAGCAUGUCUGCACUCCCAGUGGAUGCUCCCUUGGGAAUCUGAACAUCGGUGGCUAUUUUGUAAUGGGGGAUUAAGUCUAUUGGCUUCUCUUAAGUGACUUAUUUUAAAGAUAACGUGAAUUUUAAAUCACCAGGUUGGAAGAUGAUGUUAGUUGUCAUUCAUUGGAACUGAUGGGGAGUCUGGGUGUCUCUGGGUCAGGUAGGAAAGAGAAGGACCCGGAGUCCUGUAGUAUAUCCAAAUGAAUUUCCGGCUGAGAUGACUCUUGUCAAGUUUCUGACAUUUUUUAAUCCUAAACUUCAGUACUUCCAGACUGUGCCUGUGAACUCGCCAUGUCUGUAAUGGUGAAGGUGCCAAUAAAUGAACCAGUCAAUCACGGUAAAUUCACUUUUAAAAUAAGAAAAAGGCGCUGCUUAUACUGGAGAAGGAACAUUUCCUAACAGCAGCCUGUGGUGUAGGACCAAAAUCCCACUGUAUUGUGUCUCACAGGAAUUCCUCAGUGUUUUGCUUUGUGAUCUGUCUGCAUUUAUAGAACUAUUACAAAAUUCUUGUAACUCUCUUAAGUGAGCAGCUCUUUGGGAUCUUGCAGACUCAGUUUAUUUUUUAGUGGUGCACUUGAUUAUUUUUUUUAACUCACAGCUGCCUUGAGUGAAUCAUUCUGGAAAUUUGUUACUAAGGAAUUUUACGAAAACAUUCUUUUUCUAAAAAAAUUCUUUUCCAUAGAAGUGUGUUUUGAACCAAUUUCCUAAUCAACACCUUUGCCGAGACAGGUGCCAUUUUUACAUUCUGGUAUUAAAACUGGUUUCUACUUGUGAAACUCCAAAACCAAUUUUACAGCUGUAUAUAACUUUUCUUACCAGUUCAGGUCGCCUGUAACAGUGGUAAUGGCUCUUGUACAGGUGUUACUGCAAAUAACUUCACUGUCAUUGUUGGAUGGCUGUUGCCUCUUGGAUUCAGCUGCUUUUAAAAUAAAUCCUAAGGAAUGCCAGCUCCUUGCUGAGGUGUCCAGCAGCAUCACAGAGCUCUGCCUGCCUCUGCUCCUCGCUCACCCCAGGUCUGAGGGGCUCCAGUGUCAGCACAGAGACCUGGGAGAAGCCUGAGCACAGCGGGGGAAUCGGCGUCUGGUGCGGCCCUGGAGCCUGCAGGAAGCCUGUGCUGGAUCCUGCCCGGGUGAUGUUUGCUGUUCCAUUACUGCCCUGGCUGGGGGUUGUUUUUCAAGCCUGCAGAUUCCAGUACCUCACGUACUGUGUGAUGCCACAGAACAACUUGGGCUGUGGCGUUCCCUUCUUCAAAUGGCUGGCAGGGGCCUCUGGAGGUCGAUGCCCCAGCUAAAGUGGAGGUGGCUUUUAUGGUAAAAGCUCAAACUCCUCCUAAAAGAAGGAAGGUAAUAAAUGACCCUUGAUAGGUUUUACCCCAGCUUUGAAUUUCAAAGACGCUGGCGUGUGCCUGCAGUUGACAUGGGCCCAGGUGUGCAGCUUGUGUGACUCUGCACCAUGACAGCAGAUUUGCUUGCAGCAGGUCUUGCAGCGUGAGUGGGCACAUCCUCACUGGCUUUAAAAGUUUGUAGCCAGACUACAUCCUUAGCUGAAUUUCACAUAAGUUGUGUCAGUACAGAACUGGAGUAACCAAGAGCAUUGUGCCAAACAGUGGCAGAGUAACUCUUGCCCAGCCUCUCUUCUAAAGGCAAUCUGUUACGGCUCGGGAAGCAGAACCACGUGCUUGAUGUAACAAGGUUUAUUUUAUUCUGGUAGAGUUCGUCAGCGUUUUCUAAUGUGAUCUAACUUUCCAGUAGAGAGUUCUCCCUUCAGGCAAGUGCCCAGCCUGGGCUUGUUCCCACGUAGCCUUGGGUGGCUGUUUAUUGGUGGAGAAAGCAGUUGGAGAUUCUGGAAACCACAGAAAGCUGCUGCGGCUUCGUGCUGAUGUUUGCUCAUGUACUUCAGUAGCGUGGCCUGGUUCCAUCUGUGUGCAGCCCUUUUCCUUCCACACGCUGCUGUCCUCUGCUGUGCCGAGCUGCAGAUCCAUGGCAGUGCUGGCAGAGCCCACGGCUCCGUGGAUCGACAGGAUUUGUACCGCUCCAAAGGGAACAGGCAUUGAAGGGGCUUUUCCUGCCCCAGGCCAGGGCCCAACCUUGCCUUGGCCCAGCUGAGCUGGAGCAGCAGCAGGGCUCAGUGGCUCCUUGCUGUAAUGCACGGGGUGGAAGUAGUCGACUCCUUCCUUCGGUUGUGUAACCGCUCAUCCUCUGAUGAAGUUCACAUUAAUUACUUUAAGAUGGAAUGAAAACAUUGUGAAAACAUUCCCAGAGUUGUAGUCUGUCCUCUCUGGGGACACUGUCACCUCCACUAGGUUUAGUGCUGUGCUUUAAGAUGUUGGUGAGAGUUUUGGCUAAUCGGACUAGUUGGUAUCAAUGGUUGUGUAGCAGAAUGGCUGGUUUUGAGAUAGCAUUUCCUGUCCAAGUACUUAGCAUGGGUUGAUGGUGCACUGUGUAUCCAGUACUCUGGCAUGCAUGCUGGUCACACUCCUCCUACACUUCAGAGGCACCAGAGCCUUUUAUCCAAUUGCUGGUUAUGUAAAAUACAUGCAGAAUGUUAAUGCAGUGUUGUUAUGGUAAAUGUGUGAACAGUGUUACUAAUUGAUAUAACUGAUAACAGAUUACAUGUGCCUGACGUUCUUAUACCACACAGUAUGUUUAGGUUUUAACUAAUAUGGACUUCGGUGGAAUAGUCUUAGGUAUUUCAAGCCUUUGUUUUACUUACACAAUGGUGCUCUCUUUGUGUUUUUCUUUUUUUUUUUUUUUAAUAAAAGCAUCUGAACACUUGUAGUACAUAUUACAUCCAAAGGAGUCCAAAGCAAAGUGCUUCUAAACAUGCUUAAUUUUACUUUGCUUUUAGUUCCCAGCAUCUCUCAUCAGCUUUUUUGUUUUGUUUUUACUUGUUGCUGACUACUUUGGAAAACUUUGGUAAUGUUACCAAUUAUGAAGUGAUUCUGCACUGCCUUUGGAUUAUGUAUGUAUUCAGAAACAGUCUUAAAGCUUUUAUUUAAGCUAUUAAAAAACCAGGGACUUGUGCCAUUUGUUCUUUACAGUGCUGUUGUAAAAAGACUUCCCUGUGACAAGAAAAUCACUUGCUAUGAACUUUGUUUAUAGCUUUUUUUUUUCCACAAUGGAUCUUUUUCUUUGUAUUUGUACAGUGGCUCAGUGAAAGAUGUUGCCAUGAGUUGAUAUUGUAACCAAUAAACAAGUGCUUUUAACCAGCCUG